GCGAACGCGGCUGUGGACAGAAGUGAAUAUUGUGUAAGAUUACACUUUGCUCGACCGCAAUCGGCGCGCGAUCUGUGACAGAGCUAAAAGUGAAAUCGUGCAAAGCGGAUCGUCAACACAAAUGCGCAUAGCCGCGACUAAGUACAGCAUCCGCGCAACAUUGCUAGAGUAAAGACAGCGCCAGUGUAGCGACCAUUCCACCUGUGGCUACAUAUAUGAAAUUGAAUUUUUAUUUGAAUUCAAAAGAUGCGCUUCCAUUCGAAAACGCUUGUUAUUUAAUAAGUACACGCAAACAAUUAACUGAAAAUCGCAAAAACGUGUUAAUAAGUGAAUCAAUAUUAGAAAAGUGACGAAGUUUUGUGCGCGGAGCAACGUGAUAACAGUGCCUAUCAACCGGCGUCAUGAGCGCUUCCAUGGAGGGGUCAAGCGAGGUUAACGCUGUUGAUGAGCAGAAUAAUAAGAUCAAAGAACCUCAGUCAAGUGUGAAGGUUAAGUUACCGCUCAAAGAAAAUGUACAACGCAACACAGAAAGCAGUGGAAAAGAGUCAGGGACUACACAUACUACCAUUGACAUGGAUGAAGACCAACAAAAACACAGCAACAAAGAUCCCAAGCAGAGUAGUGUGAAUGGGACCCAAAAUGGCACAGGUCCGGGUUCUACAAGUCAGCAGGUCGCAGCUGGCGAAACCAUAUCUAAGUCUAAACUUCUUUUCGUGGUCCUCACAGCAAGUAUCGCAGCCGUAGUCGUCGCUCUGCUGUGGUAUUCCUUUGGAUGGAAAAGUGGCCUACCAGCGUUAUUUGUCGCGAUAAUUGUUAUGUUGCUAAUAUCAUUGGGCUGGCGUUGGUUUUAUAUAGCGAGCGUAACUUCUAAACGAGAUAUAACAGCGGUGUGGGCCUACAUAAAACUUCUCAUACUUAUAAAAAGAUAUGAGCGAAGAAACGUUUCUAUAAGUGAUAUAUUUCAAAUGAACGUGGCAAAGCAUCCAGAUAAAACUGCGAUAAUAAGUGAGACGCAGUCUUGGACAUUUCGGCAACUAGAUCAAUUUGCCAAUCGCAUUGCAGACAUAUUCCACAGUCACGGUUACAAAAAGGGCGAUGUAAUUGCACUGAUGCUGGAGAAUCGCGUCGAGUUCGUCGGCAUAUGGUUGGGCCUUUCAAAGCUUGGCAUUAUAACAGCACUUAUUAACACCAAUCUUAAAGAGCGGUCACUAGUACACAGUAUCACCGUGGCUAAAUGCUUAGCUCUUAUUUAUGGCGAAGACUUUGAGGAGACUGUGGAAAGCGUAGCAACCGAAAUUUCAGCAAAAUUGUAUCAAUUUAAUAAUGGAAUUAAUAAGGCCGUCCGAAACUCAGCAGAAGAUUUGGCCAACUUAAUGAACUCAUCCACACAUGUCACAUCACAGCCGAGCACCAUUCAACACCCAAAUCACCACGACAAGCUAAUGUAUAUUUACACAUCCGGCACCACUGGUUUACCCAAGGCUGCGGUUAUUUCCCAUUCUCGGUAUCUAUUUAUAACGGCCGGCAUUCACUACACCUUGAACUUUAGAAGCAAAGAUGUGUACUACACCCCUCUGCCGCUAUAUCACACAGCCGGUGGAGUUAUGAGCAUGGGUCAAGCGCUACUUUUUGGUUCGACAGUCGCUAUUCGGAAAAAGUUCUCAGCGUCGGGAUACUUCAGUGACUGUGUGCGCUACAAUUGCACCAUAGCUCAAUAUAUCGGCGAAAUGGCUCGUUACAUCUUAGCCACGCCCCCAUCGGAAUACGAUCGUUCGCAUAAAAUUCGUAUGGUUUUUGGUAAUGGGCUACGUCCGCAAAUCUGGCAGCGUUUUGUUGAACGUUUUAACAUACCAAAAGUUGGUGAAUUCUAUGGCGCUACAGAGGGAAACGCCAAUAUUAUGAACAACGACAACACUGUUGGAGCAAUUGGAUUUGUUUCGCGGAUUUUGCCACAAAUCUAUCCAAUAUCUAUAAUAAAAGCGGACCCCGAUACAGGUGAGCCCAUACGUGGCGCCGAUGGUUUAUGUCAACGCUGUGGCCCAGGUGAAUCAGGCGUAUUCAUUGGCAAAAUAAUCAAAGGCAAUCCGUCCAGAGAGUUUCUGGGCUAUGCUGAUGAAAGCGCGUCUACGAAGAAAAUUGCUCAUGACGUGUUUAAGAAAGGCGACAUGGCAUUCCUAUCAGGCGAUCUUUUGACGUCUGACGAUCGCGGCUACCUCUUCUUUGUGGACCGCACGGGUGAUACAUUUCGUUGGAAGGGAGAGAAUGUAUCCACAAGCGAGGUAGAAGCUCAAGUAAGUAAUAUGACCAACUACAAGGACACAAUAGUAUAUGGCGUGAUGAUACCGCAUACGGAAGGGCGAGCUGGUAUGGCGGCUAUUUAUGACCCACAGCGAGAAGUGGAUCUCGAAUGCUUCGCACAGAAUAUAUCGGAGGUACUCCCAGCCUAUGCCAGACCGCAAUUUUUAAGAUUCCUAACCAACAUUGACCUCACCGGUACAUAUAAAUUGCGAAAAGUGGACCUGCAAAAAGAAGGCUAUAAUCCCAAUGUGAUACAGGAUGAGCUUUACUACAAAACGCCUUCCGGCAGAUAUGAGAUAGUAACAAGUGAUAUAUUCGAUAAAAUAAAUAACGGCGAAAUUCGGUUUUAAGCGACUAUAAAACUAGUUUUACUUAAAUUUAUUUUCGUGACAAAAACAUUAACUUAAUUGUAGUUAAUGUUAAUGUAAUGUUAACUAGAUGCUUAUUUGUUUGAAAUAAAGAAAGAUUUGUACAACUGGAA